AUCCAGACCCAAUACAGCGUAUGUGCUUUCAGGUUUCGGUGGGAUCAGCGGUUGUUUGUUCUUCUUCACUGCAAUUGCAAAACGCUUCGAUUCAGCCACCAGCACCAUUUCGCCGCUCAUGGGUCUCUCAAAGGAACAACUUCUAGCACGGUUACAGGAGCUUCAAAUUGAAUUUUCCAAGUACGAGCAUCCAGUUGUUUUGACUGUUGAAGCCCAGGCAAAAUAUGUUGGAAAUUUAGGGGGUGGCCUGAGUAAAAAUUUAUUUUUGAAGGACAAGAAAAACAGGUUUUAUGUUGUUUCUGCCUUAGCUGAUACCAGGGUAGAUCUCAAAGUGUUAUCUCAGCGGCUUGGUUUGGGAAAAGGUGGUUUGAGAAUGGCACCCGAAGAGGCUUUAGGUGAAAUACUUCAGGUACCCUUGGGUUCUGUCACUCCAUUUGCAGUAGUAAAUGAAUCUGCACGAGAUGUUUCACUGUUAUUGGAUCAAGGAUUCAAGACACAACCGCAUUGCUUCUUCCAUCCACUGUCAAAUGACAUGUCUAUAUCUCUAAAUGCACGUGAUCUUGACAUAUUUAUUAAAUCAAUAGGAAGAGAUCCCUCAUAUGUAGAUUUAGAGGCCAAUCCUACGGUGGGUAAAGAUCAACCCCCUGAUCUAGCUGCACUAGUUCCAUCCGGUUCAAUAGCUUUGCCUGAUCAAGCAGAAAAACAAUCAUCUUCACAAGUUCCUAAGGAAGGAAACCCUGUUUCUGUUGGUAAUAAAUCCAAGACGGUUUCAGCCAAAGUUGUUAAGCCAUCCGCUGUUGGGAACAAUACAAAAGGAACACCGGUCAACAGUGUUCGUUCAUCAGGGUAUGCAGAUGUUGGGCAAUUUGUAGAGGAGAUAUUGCAUAAAACAUCGGAGUUAUUGCUUUCAGAGAUCAAGGAAGAAACUAUAGGUCUACACGGAGAGCAUCUGAGUACUGUGGUAUGCGACAAAUUACAGAAAAACCUCAACUCAGAUCUUAAAAAUCUUGCUAUGAUAUUUAAGAACACUGCAUACACAGAAGGGUUCCAUGCUGGUACUCAGCAUCAGCCCAGGCGCUAGUGAAGGUCAAAGAAUAGAUGAUUCAGAAUUUGCUGGCACGAUCGUAAAGAGGACCAGAAUAUUAACUCUAUUUGUUCAAUCUUUCGUUCGUGCCAACACUGUGCAUCGCAUUUGUACGUGGAAAUGUUUGGUACUGAGUAGAUAAAUUUUAUCAAUUUGGCCAGUGAAAAAAGUCACACUAAGGUUGUUUUAAAAGAAUGGUGAAUUGUAAUCUAGUUUUGUCAAAAUAUCAUUAAAUUCUAAAAUUGGCUAUGGAUUACAUUUCAAGAUUA